CGCUCGCGGCGCUCGGGACUUAUAGGCCACCCGGAAGGCGCGCGGGGCCUUGGCGGUGCACUGAGCAGGCCCUCGCCGGGACCCCGGGCGUCAGGCAGGCGCAGCGUCAGCCCGCCCACAGUCUUGGAGCCUCCCUCUCGUGGCCGCUGCCUUGCGGCCUACGUCGCCUCCCGUAGUUAUUCGACCGGCUAUGGCCGCUCGUCUCCUGCGUGUCGCCUCCGCCGCCCUCGGCGACACAGCCGGCCGGUGGCUGCUCCUCGCCGGACCCCGCGCGGGAGCCGGCGGCCUCCGGGGGAGCCGGGGGCAGGGCGGGAGCGCUAGGCCGAGCCUGGGCGGCGGCGCAGAGGCGGCGACGCGUACGCUGAGCGUGUCGGCGCGCGCGCAGAGCAGCUCAGAAGAUAAAAUAACAGUCCACUUUAUAAACCGUGAUGGUGAAACAUUAACAAGCAAAGGAAAAGUUGGUGACACUCUACUAGAUGUUGUGGUUGAAAAUAAUCUAGAUAUUGAUGGUUUUGGUGCAUGUGAGGGAACCCUGGCUUGCUCCACCUGUCACCUCAUCUUUGAACAGCACAUAUUUGAGAAAUUAGAAGCAAUCAGUGAUGAGGAGAAUGACAUGCUUGAUCUGGCAUAUGGACUAACAGAUAGAUCGCGGUUGGGCUGCCAAAUCUGUUUGACAAAGGCUAUGGACAAUAUGACUGUUCGAGUACCUGAUGCUGUGUCUGAUGCCAGAGAGUCCAUUGAUAUGGGCAUGAACUCCUCUAAGCUAGAAUAAAUAGGAAUAUUUUCACAACAUUUUACCUAUUUUUAUAAUUAUUAUUUCUUAAUGUAAUUAAAUGAGAACAUGGAUGAAUGCAUUUAUUGUUAUGACUAGAUUUAUUACUUUAAUUCACCUUGUGUAACUGCUGAAUUUUUUAGUUCUGAAAGAAUCAUCUUUAUUUUGAUUAAAUUAUAAAAACAAAUCAAAUAUUAGAAAGUAGUUAAUAUGAAAAAACCUUAUAUAUUUUAUCUGUGUUUGAUUAGCAGCAUUAGCAAAAUGUUUUCACAUAAAUCUUAUGCCUACUUACCUAUAAAAUAGGUUAAAAAAAGGUAUCAUUAUCUCUGUUAGAUGUGGUGGAGGCAGAGAUGUAAAAUGGCUUGUCUAGGGCCAUACAACAAAUUAGAAGGUCAGUACUAGAACUGUAUCUUGUUAUUACAAGUUAUGUGUUGAGAUCGAAAGUGGAGAAAUUAGGAAUAUCAUAGUUAUAGCUGUAGUUAAAUGUGAAUGUGUAUGGAUGUGUAUUAAAUUGCUCAGUAAGCUGAUUAAUUUCAAAGAUAGUUAUGACCUUAUAAAUCAAUAUUUCAGAAUUUUGAUUCAGUGAAAAGUGUACGUCUGAGCACAGGUAAUGGAGCGCUGUCAAAGAUGUUUGGUGUCAGUUCUGACUGAACUGGAGGAAUAAACUAAAAAUUAGAUGUC